AGUAGAAAUUAAUACAAAAAUCAAGGAAUGUCAACCAUGGAUGACGUUCUUGAAAGUUGGGAAGAAAUCGAGGAAUCAGGAGCUCUCGACAAAAAGUUGGAUGCCCUCCAGUUAAAUGCAGUAGAAGCAUUAGAUGAAAUAGAAUCUUCUAGCUUCAAAACCAAUCACAGUACAAAUACAAGAAUGAUAAUACUAGGUGAAGAUGGUAUGAGAUCUCAAUAUGUACCACCAAAACCAACAGUAAAAAUAUUAAAAAGACCAACAAGAGAUUCACAGGGUAGUGGUGAUGGUCCAUUAGUAAAUGGAGAUAAACCAAAACAUCCUAUUAAAACAUUAAAACAGAGGGAACAAGAAUAUGCAGAAGCAAGGAAAAGAAUUCUAGGCGAAGAAAAAAGUCCCGAGGAGAAAGUAGAACAGGAAAUAAAUAGAAUACAACCAAAGGCAAUAACUCCGAGCGGUAGCGGUCUACCCAGUAAUGUUGUUCGCAUGCCUAUUGGACCAGACGGAACACGAGGGUUUAAUGUACGCAGGUAGCGCGUCUUCCAAGGAUCGACUUUUUCCACCUAUCUUUUUCCUCCUCUUCCUUCUUGUUGGCAUGAGGAAGAGAGGCGGCUAUGAGGCUGAUGGCAGACAACAGCGUGCUGUUUCUGUCAAAAUGCAAGCGCUAUGCUCCUGUCAUUUUGACAGGAGCAUAGUAAGAGCUAUGCCCUCCAGGCACUGCUUCAC